UCGGUGGGUUUUUCGCCCUGGCCCGCGUGCGACGUCGCCUGCUCUGACCUCAUCAGCCGCGGUUUCCCUCCCGCGAGGCCGACGGCGCGCGCGCCCGCCCCCUGGGGUCGGGUUUGACAGCUCGCUCCCGCGCGCCGCGCCGCUCUGUGCGCUCAGCCUUGGCCCAGCAUGUGCCUCCAGAAACUGCUGGAAUCUGCGCCGCUCCGCCAGGCCGUGAGGACAGCGCUCCUGAGAUGGCCGCAGCGCAGCCCCCGCCGCUGGACGCACUCAGCAGGCGGCCCCUACAAGGCGGUGAUAUUCGACAUGGGCGGGGUGCUCAUCCCGGCACCCCGGACAGUGGCCGCAGAAUGGGAAGCACAGAAUCGCGUCCCUCCUGGAACUGUUCUGAAGGCCUUGGUCGCAGGUGGUGAAAAUGGACCCUGGAUGAAGUUCAUGAGAGGAGAGAUAUCCACAGAGGAUUUACUGCAAGAAUUUGGGAAGCGUUUUUCAGAAAUGUCAGAGACCUCCGUGCCCGUGGACUCAUUUUUGUCCCUGAUGACCAGUGAGAGAGUGUCCAAGCAGUUCCCAGUGAUGACCGAGGCCAUCGCUCGGAUCCGGGCCAAGGGCCUGCAGACCGCAGUCCUGAGCAAUAACUUCUACCUGCCCGACGGGCGCAGCUUCUUACCCCUGGACCGGAAACAGUUUGAUGUGGUCGUGGAGUCCUGCCUGGAAGGCGUCUGUAAGCCAGACCCCAGGAUAUACGAGCGGUGCCUGGCGCGGCUGGGCGUGCAGCCCUCCGAGUCCAUCUUUCUCGACGACCUGGGGCCGAAUCUCAGAGCAGCUGCCAGCCUGGGCAUUCGCACCAUUCAGGUCCAGGACCCGGAGGCCGCCGUGAAGGAACUGGAAGCUGUGUUGGGUUUUGCGCUGAGAAGGGUGGUCCCGAACACACGUCCCGUGAGAGACACCAUGGGAAUCCCGACCGAGUCCUUGGAGAAGUACCUCAGGGACCGGCUGGGCCUCCGGGCCACAGGUUCGCUGGAGCUUCUUCAGUUUGACCACGGCCAGUCCAACCCCACUUACUACGUCGGGCUGACCGGCCAGCAGCUGGUUCUGAGGAAGAAGCCCCCCGGGACACUCCUGUCGUCUGCCCACGCAGUCGAGAGGGAGUUCAGGAUAAUGAAAGCCCUUUCCAGCACUGGAGUCCCCGUCCCCAAAGUCCUUGACCUCUGCACCGAUUCCAGCGUCAUCGGCACGCCCUUCUAUGUGAUGGAGUACUGCCCGGGGCUCGUCUACAAGGACCCCGCCCUGCCCGGCCUGCAGCGCAGCCAGAGGGAAGCCGUCUACACCGCCAUGAUCCGAGUCCUGUGCCAGAUCCACAGCGUGGACCUCAAGGCCGCGGGUCUGGAAGACUACGGGAAACACGGGGACUACAUCGCACGCCAGGUCCAGACCUGGACCAAGCAGUACCUCGCCUCGGAGACCGGCCCCAUCCCGGCCAUGGAGCGGCUCAUCGAGUGGCUGCCGAGUCACAUUCCCCGGCAGCAGGCCACCACGGUGGUGCACGGGGACUUCAGGCUGGACAACCUGCUCUUCCACCCCGAGAAGCCCGAGGUACUGGCCGUCGUCGACUGGGAACUGUCCACCUUGGGCGACCCCCUGGUGGACGUGGCCUCCAGCUGCCUGGCCUACUACCUGCCCUCCGGCUUGCCCCUGCUGCAAGGUUUGUGUGACUGUGACCUGCAUCAGCUGGGGAUCCCGAGCGUGGAGCAGCUCCUCAGGAUGUACUGCGUGCACAGGGGGAUCCCCGCCGUAGAGAGCUGGAACUUCUACCUGGCCUUCUCCUUCUUCCGCCUGGCCGCCAUCCUGCAGGGCGUCUACAGGCGCUCGCUCACAGGGCAGGCCAGCGCGGUGAACGCGGAGCAGAGUGGGAAGCUGACCGAGUUUGUGUCUAACCUGGCGUGGGAUUUUGCAGUCAAAGAAGGCUUCCGGGUUUUCAAAGAGAUGCCUGCUACCUCCCGGCCCUUAGCCAGGUCCUACCACACGCACGCUGGCUCCCCUCGCCCGCCCCGUGCCCCCGGCACAAGGACCUACUGCCCUCGGCCCAGGCCUUCCCCAGCCCCAGCUGCCGCGAAGAGCGAUCUGGUCCUGUCUCCGGAGGGCCUCUCCCCGCCCGCCAGGGAGCUGUACGAGCGGCUGCGGCAGUUCAUGGAGCGCCACGUGUACCCCGCCGAGCCGGAGCUGCGCUGUCACCAGGCCUCGGCAGAGAGGUGGAGCCCUGCCCCGCUGCUGGAAGACCUCAAGGAGAAGGCUAAAGCCCAGGGACUCUGGAACCUUUUCCUCCCCCUGGAGAUCGACCCUGAAAGAAAAUACGGCGCCGGCCUGACCAACGUGGAGUACGCACACCUGUGUGAGCUCAUGGGCACGUCCCUGUACGCCCCUGAGGUGUUUAACUGCUCCGCUCCGGACACGGGGAACAUGGAGCUGCUGGUGCGCUACGGCACGGAGGCGCAGAGGGCCCGCUGGCUGCCGCCUCUGCUGGCCGGGACCACCCGCUCCUGCUUUGCCAUGACUGAGCCAAAGGUCGCCUCAUCAGAUGCCACCAAUAUCGAGGCUUCCAUCACAGAGGAGGGCGGCUGCUACGUGAUAAAUGGCCACAAGUGGUGGAUCUCAGGCAUCCUGGACCCUCGCUGCGAACUCUGCGUGUUUAUGGGGAAAACCAACCCACAGGCCCCCCGGCACCGGCAGCAGACCGUGCUCCUGGUCCCCAUGGACACCCCCGGCAUCAAAGUCAUCCGGCCGCUGACGGUGUACGGGCUGGACGACGCGCCAGGUGGCCACGGAGAGGUCCUCUUUGAGCAAGUGCGGGUGCCCAAGGAGAACGUGGUGCUGGGCCCCGGCCGUGGCUUUGAGAUCGCCCAGGGCAGACUGGGCCCCGGCCGGGUGCAUCACUGCAUGCGGCUGAUCGGGCACUCGGAGAGGGCACUGGCCCUCAUGAAGGCGCGGGCCCAGGCCCGAGUGGCCUUCGGGAAGGCCCUGAUAGAGCAGGGCACGCUCCUGGCGGACAUCGCCCAGUCGCGCGUGGAGAUCGAGCAGGCCCGGCUACUGGUACUGAAGGCGGCCCACAUCAUGGACGUGGCCGGGAACAAGGCUGCCGCUUUGGAAAUCGCCAUGAUUAAGAUGGUGGCCCCGUCCAUGGCCUCCCGCGUCAUCGACCGAGCGAUUCAGGCCUUCGGAGCAGCAGGCCUGAGCGGCGACUACCCACUCGCCCAGUUCUUCGCCUGGGCCCGGGCACUGCGCUUUGCUGACGGCCCUGACGAGGUGCACCGGGCGACGGUGGCCAAGAUGGAGCUGAAGCGCUCGGGGUGACCGCGUGACCGGGACCCCCGCGGCCCUGCUGGGCGCCACCCUGGAGCGGUCAGAAGCCCAGGCUCUGCGCUUCUCGCCACUGUCUCGAGGACGUCUGGGAGCAGAGGCAGCCGCCAAGCGCGGGAAGCAGGAGACCGGGAUCCUGCGAGUGAUCUUCUGCAACUCAGAGCACUAAGAUGUUACUGGGGGGACAUGCAGAUGACAUCAGCAAUAACAGACCAAAAAAAAAAAGAAACCAAGAAAAUGAAAAACGAUGUUUAUUUGGAAAGGGGCUUCGAGGGAGGGAAGCAGAAAAGAAUAAAAUUUGUCUGACACUUGAACUUCAG